CGGAAGCGGAACUGGCGGCCACGGGGCGGAGGAGGCGGAGAGAGGAAGGUACGCCAAGGGAGGCCGGCCGGCAGCUGCUGCUGAGAGGGAAGAGAGCGACGGCAGAGACAGGUGAUUGAAAUGGAGGACUCAAUGGGACGUUACGACUUCUAUAUCGGACUGGGCCUGGCUCUCAGCUCUAGCCUGUUCAUUGGAGGAAGUUUUAUCCUAAAGAAGAAGGGACUUCUCAAACUAAGUAGCAGAGGUGCUCUCAGAGCAGGUCUAGGGGGUCAUGCAUAUCUGAAGGAAUGGAUGUGGUGGGCAGGGCUGCUAACUAUGGGAAUUGGAGAAAUUGCCAACUUUGCUGCAUAUGCUUUUGCCCCAGCAACACUGGUCACUCCUCUAGGAGCACUAAGUGUUUUAGUGAGUGCAGUUUUAGCCUCCUACUUCCUGAAUGAACACCUAAACAUCCAUGGGAAGAUUGGCUGUAUCCUUAGCAUUUUAGGCUCCACUGUGAUGGUCAUCCAUGCCCCACAGGAGGAAGAGGUCUCCAGCCUGGAGUCAAUGGCAGAGAAACUAAAGGAUCCAGGAUUUAUAGUGUUUGCUGUGUGCAUGCUGGUGAGUUCAGCUCUUCUCAUCUUUGUGGCUGGGCCUCGCUAUGGACAUAGCAACGUCUUAGUGUAUGUUUUGAUCUGCUCUGCCAUUGGUUCGCUCUCUGUCUCGUCUGCGAAAGGCUUGGGUAUUGCCCUGAAAGAACUGUUUGCUGGGAAGCCUGUCUGGAAGGAACCGUUGAGCUAUUUGCUUUUUAUUUGCCUUGUGAUCUCCAUCAGCAUCCAGAUCAACUACCUGAACAAGGCCUUGGAUAUCUUCAACACAUCUGUAGUAACCCCAAUCUAUUAUGUCCUCUUCACCACAUCAGUUAUGACUUGCUCUGCCAUUCUGUUCAAGGAGUGGCAGCAUCUGGUUCUGAUGCACAUCAUUGGCACCAUCAGUGGCUUCCUCACCAUUGUCCUUGGCAUCUUCCUACUGCAUGCUUUCAGAGACAUCCCCUUCACUGCAGACCUGCUGCCUCUUUUCCUGAAGGAUAACCAAACAAAUGUGCGAGCAGCUUCUUGGAGAAAGGGGGGCAAGCAUCAGUCCUGUCUUCACCAGCCCCUUUUGGACUCUGAAGACACCCACAAAGAGGGGACAGAGAAAGCAGAGGAGCAAUAUGGCCAAAGUUUAUAAAAGCUAGCACAUUAUACAUAGCCUGUUGGCUUAAAAAAAGAUAUAUCCCAAUCCGUUUUUAAGCUGUUCCAAAGAGCUUCUUAAGACUGCUGCUGUUUUCCACUAGAAAAGUUGAAUCAGAUUCUAAUAAGCAACACUGAACUAUUUGAAAUGCUUUUAUGUGUGAGUCCUUUCACUGGUAACAUACUUGAACCAAAUUAAGACACCCAAUCAGGUCAAAGCUAGAGCUCAGCAAGUGGCAGCCCAAGAGCUGAAGUUGCUGUCUCCUGCAUUCCCUUCCAUGCAUCCAGAAGUGAUGUGGAGGACAAGAAAGAAAACCAGGGACAAAAAUCUGUGCACCUGAGGGGUUUUUGGACCAGCCCCUACACAAAAAAACGAGUUUCAAAAGUAAUGGGUGAUGUGGCAUUGGUAAGGAGGGUGUGAAUUGCUCAGGUUACAACAGAAUGCUUAUUUCUAAUUUCAGUGGGGGAAGAGGCGAACAAGUGGGCACUGGUUGUCAGGGAAGCCCAGUGCCACAGGGGCUGUGUUGAUGAUCACUUAAUGUUGAUAAUGUAUUAAGGUUGACAGUUUAUUUAUUUAAAAUAAAUGUUACUUUUCUUUGUACAGCCA